GUUGUUAAAGUAAAUUACAAAUAUAAGUUAAAAGUCUUAUUGUAUUGUAAACUGUAUGUAAACAGAAGUUUCUACAUUUGAAACAAGGAUACAUGUAAUACAAAUGUAAAGAUGAACAUCUCCGAAGAAGAUCAAAUGAUGACUCUGAAGCAAACACAGGAAGUAAUAUUACAAAAGCUUCUUCCUGCGAUAGUUACCUUGGUGAUAUUUUGUUUCAUCGGACUCAUCGGUAACAUAGCAACGAUUAUAUUCUACGCUCAACAAAGUGGCCGCUCCUCGACGUUUCUAAUGAUAACGUCACUGGCUGCAGUAGAUUUAGCUGUAUGCGUUGCUAUGAUACUCAGCAUUUUGGAACUGUCGGUUUUAGUGACAUCAUACUACAGCAUCGUCUGCAAGAUGACCCAUUUUUUAGGUCGUUGGUUUGUUGGCUCUUCUUGUUUCGUUCUUUGGAUAAUUUCAAUCGAUAGAUACAGAAAAAUAUGUAAACCAUUUGAAAAGCAAGUUACAGUCUUUAAAGCUAAAAAGAUCGUUACAGGAUUUAUUUUACUCUCGUUAUUGCUUUCAGUGAAAGAACUAGUACAUUACAGUAGCAUUAAAAUCCCAUUACAUGUUUCAAAUAGCAACUCGACUAUAACAGGUUAUUAUUGUAAAGAAUUAAAUGGCACCGGAUACAAAAUCAGUAUUUCUGUAUUCAAUGCCAUUGACAUGAUAUUAUUUGUUGUUAUUUGGAUUAGUCAGAUUGUUGUAUACAGUCUGAUUAUUUACAACCUUGUCAAAAUUCGAAACAUGAAAGACAAAUUGAAAGGACUACCGUACACAAAGAAAACAGUAGAGAUGAGUCAUGGCAAAGAUUCCGAUAGUUUAACAUCCGGCGGACAUGUUAAUCAGACGAUUGACGUUUCUCCUCGUGAUAGAAUUUCUAACGUUGAAUUAAACGACAGUCGGUUAAAUGCAACACAGUGCACAUGUACGUCCUUGAACGCACAAGAAAACAUAUCAAACCAGGCUGAAGCGUUUGAAAAAGAACUCAAGAAACCCCAAACUGUCGAGAUAGAAUUAUCAACUGAGAAUUCUCAAAGAUGUCAAGAUGUUGGUUCUAUUAAAACACUUCCUAACGACGGCAAAGGUCAAGGUCAUGUAAAUCGCAUAUCGCUGUCACAUAUUGAGAUAAAAUUGACCCUAAUGUUAUUUACUGUCUCACUAAUAUUUAUCUUGUGUUUUACGCCAUAUUUUAUUAUGGUCAUGUGGGCAUUCAGUGCUGGAAAAGACUUUGAAUUAGACGCUGGUAUAAAAUUUGCAAUCCGUCUCCCAUUUCUUAACAGUGUUUUUAAUCCAAUGAUCUAUUUUGCCUUUAAUGCAGACUUUAGAUCUUUUAUUAAACGUUUAUGUUUUGGACGCUGCACAGGAAGUUUUAGUAUGUAGAUUUUUAAAGACACAAAGUCAUAUUUAUCAGUUUAUGAACGUACUUUUCAGUGUAAAUCAAUAGACUAUUUCGAAUUUGUCUUAUUAUUAAUAUAGCAUUUCGCAAACAAUAUAUUCAAAGCUAAUUCAAGCUGGAUUCAAGCUUGUAUAAUAUUAUCAUAUUGAUUACUGACAUAUAAAGAUCAAAAAGUGUCAUGGAGAGCUCGUUUUCUAAAAGCUACUUCAUCAAAGUUGUAAACGAUGUAAAAGUUAAAGUUUUAUUUGAUACAUUAAUUUUGCUCUUUUUAAGUAAACGAUGUAAAAGUGAUACAUUAAUUUUGCUUUUUACAUUUUAUGAGUUUUAAGUUAUGUUGUAAAAUAUACUUGGGAAUUAUCACUAGAGCGAUAUUGUUGAAGCUAAUAAUAUUAUGAUUACAAGGAAAUUAAGAAACUAUAUGAACAUAAACUUAUACAAUGUUAUGUUACUAGUAACGCCUCGGUACAGACAUUAUUGCUUAUAUCAUUAUUUGUGUAAUUGUUACUACGUAGCUACGUUUUAAUUUUGUAAUUGUACAUCUAAGUACGUUACAUAUAGAAUACUGAAGAAGUCGAGGAGUUAUACAUAUUCACCAUUAUCACACGCCCGUGCCGAUUUCGCGACUCGAAAAACGGUAUUGCAUGGUCGUGCAUAUAUUUUGACAUGACGUCAUUUGCGUUAUAUAAUCAUAGCGUAAAGACGCACAAAAUGUAAGCGUUAAACUAUCGGCGUGUCAAUGAAAACUGUUUCUUUAUCACUUCAAACGGUUUUUAUUUAAUGUAUGUGAUAAAUAGAAUAUUAAAUUCGUGUAAGUUCAUUACUACAUUUAUUGAACUCAUUGAAUAAAAUAAUAUUAUGCUCGCCAGAGGCUCGCAUAAUAUAAUUUUAUUCAAUUCGUUCAAUAAAUUCAGUAUUAAACUUACACUCAUUCAAUAUCCUUUAUUUAUAUUUUAUUCUAGAUUGUAUGAUAGAAAAACAAAAUCAAAGCACAGAAGGCGCUGAAAUUGUUCAGGUCUCAGAAUGUCAGAAAGGUGAAGGUUGUGAGAUUGUAAACCAAUUUGUUUUUGUAAAGUGCCACCAAUGCUUUCCAGUGUUUUAACUGUUGUAAAUUGGUUAUAAGACUUAUUGCAACACUGAUAUUCAAUUCAAUGUUAGGAAACUACCCGCCUAUAUGACUGAAAUACUGUUGGAAAAAGGCGUAAAAUGAAACAAACAAACAAACAAACAAUUCAAUGUUUAUUUGACUUCAACAAUUUGAAAAAAAGAUGAGUUGCCUUAACUGGGAUUUGAACUCCAGACCUCUCGAUACCUAAGCGAGCAUGCAAACCCCUCGGCCACGGUGAAGUUAUAUAAUAACGGCUUGAAGAAAACCAUAUUAUUCUAAAUUAGGAUUUGUAACUCAUUUAUUCGGCGCUAAACCUGUUGUAAAUAAUCAUGAAGCUUACUAUAAGCGUGUAUAUCUAUAAAGAAUAAAUAAGAAAUCUGAAUUCGACCAUUCGGGAAUUAUUUUGCUUGAAUUAUGCACGAUUUUACGUGUAACAUAUGGCAUUCGAGGCAUUACGUUCACCAGAGACAUGCUAUCCAUAUCUCUGCGUUCACGCCGUCCAUUUGUGAAAUUUGGAUUUUCUGCCCUCGAAUUUGACGAACUAAAGGCGUAGUUUGAUGAGAAAUUUUCCGAAAUAAAGAGAGAUUUUGUCAAUGCUCCUAUUCCGCCAGCCAUGAAAGUCAAAAGCUCUACAAGAUCAACUUGACUAUAACUGUGAGUUGCUUUCUAUUGUUCAGAACUUGGAAUGUCUUUCAAAUCCUUUAGAGAUCUGUGAAAUAAGUGACAUUUGUGCGAAAAUUCAGAAGAAAAUUAAUCGCCGUGUCAAACUGAUCAAAUUAGCGGACAAAUCUCCGGCAGGCUGGCUCGUUGUCAAAGCAUACGAACAAGACGGUUUGGCAAGUGACGACGAGAAUAGCAGUAAAAUCAAAAACGCAGAGAAAUCGGCUUUGGCAAUUUUAAAAGAACGUGAUGAAAGGAGAAAGUCAUUUACUAAGUUCAACUCUGCGCAACGUUACUAUCCUUAUAACGUUAACAAUUUUUCUAGGUCUGUCGGCGACAAAUUUGCUAUGGCAUCUUAUAAUCCAGGGAUUAGCAAUUUUCGUCCCUUCACAUACAACAACUAGUGGCGCCAGCAACCUUUCUACGGUCCAAGACCAACAGACCAAUGUUUUGUCUGUGGUAAGUUCGGGCACUACCGAUCUACCUGACCUCACAACAUCUUUAACCGGAAGCCCAACAGAGGUGCAGUCUACCCAGAUUCGGAACCUAAGAAACAGCGAAGUCGACGUUUCCAAGGAUUAAAUCAUAGACUUUAAAGUUGAGUAUAAUUUAUUUUUUCAUUCUGUUUUCAGUUUGAAAGUAAUAGUGACCAUGACCUUUGACCUUGUGACCCUAAAAAUCACUAGGGGUCUUCUACCCAAUAUGGACAAUCAUCCUAUGAAGUUUGAACACAGUGGGUAUAAUGAAAAUUCAGUUAUGUUCCGAAAACUGUUUUCAGUUUUAAGGUUAUAGUGACCUUGACCUUUGACCUUGUGACCCCAAAACCAAAAGGUUUUUUUAAACCCAAUAUGUACAAUCAUCCUAUGAAGUUUGAAUAUUGUGGGCCAAAU